AUGGAGUCUUGCAAGCCGAAAAAGCACGUAUCUAGCGUGAAGGAGAUGUCGAGGACACGGGAAGUUCUCUUCGUCACUGUCCUCUGCAUGACCCAGUUAUUGAAUCAGUCAAGCUUGGGGCAGACAUUGAGUAUAAUCCAUAUAAUUGGGUCCUCAUUCGGAAUCGCCGAGACCGGCGAGCUAAGCUGGCUGAUUGCCGGGUACAGUCUCACCGUGGGCACAUUUAUCUUAAUAUUCGGACGCAUGGGGGAUGUCUUUGGGUACAAACGGCUUGUUAUUAUUGGACUAGGAUGGUAUGCAACUUGGUCUCUGGUCUCUGGUUUGGCUGUGUACUCAAACAAAGUGCUUUUCAUAUGUUGUCGGGCACUGGCUGGGAUCGGGCCCUCAAUUACCUUGCCGAAUGCCCUUGCCAUGUUGGGGUCUUCAUAUGAGCCGGGCUUCAAGAAGGUACUGGCAUACUGCCUUUUUGCCGCCGUGUCACCUACAGGAAUCGUGUUGGGUGCUACGUUUGCUGCUUUAUUUGCGUUAACAUGGUGGCCCUGGGCAUUUUUCGCAUCUGCCAUUGUCACCGCGAUGAUUGCAGUAAUCGCGUGGGCGGUUCUUCCGGAACUACCAAGAGGAGAACAUAUGGUUUCAACCGGACCUGUCGGAAACACGCUACAUCGCUACUAUAUCCAGCUUGACCUAGCAGGAUCGUUCACCGGUGUGAUUGGGUUAGUCCUGUUUAACUUCGCCUGGAACCAAGCGGUCUUGACGGGCUGGCAAGCACCCUAUGUUUGUGUCACCCUAGUCCUAGGCGUUGUCUUCACUAUUGCCUUCAUAUACAUUGAGAACCACGUAUCGCAGUUUCCUCUGAUCCCUCGGGAAGCUUUCAACCUGGACACGGCAUUCAUCCUGGGCUGCGUCGCCAGUGCAUGGGGAACCUUCGGAAUCUGGAUUUACUACAUCUGGCAAUAUUUCGAGGUUGUACGAGAACUGCCACCGCUGCUCGCCUGUGCUUGGAAGACACCGGUGACAAUAACGGGAUUUGUUGCUGCAAUGGUAACUGCUAUAAUCCUGAACAAACUACACCCCUCGUGGGUAAUGGUUAUCGCGCUUGCAGCCUCCGUUGUCGGGACUGUUCUCCCUGCAACAACUCCAGAACAUCAGAUUUACUGGGGACAGACCUUUGUGUGUUUAAUUGUUAUGCCGUGGGGUAUGGAUAUGAGUUUCCCGGCUGCUACGUUGCAGUUGUCUAAUCGGAUGACGAGAGAACACCAGGGUGUUUCAGCGAGCUUGGUGAAUACCGUGGUCAAUUAUAGCAUUUCGUUGGCUUUAGGCUUUGCUGGUACAGUGGAAAGGGAGGUUAGCAAGGGGUUGACAGGGAAAGAGAAGGUUUUGAAGGGGUCUGCUGCGGCGUGGUACUUUGGGGUAGGGCUUUCGGUGUUUGGGCUUGCGCUCAGUCUUAUGUUUGUGCUAUUGAGGUAUCACCGAGAGAAGGUUUGA